AUGACAAUCCCGGCUCCCAUUCCGGACAAGGCUGAAUCCUCACUCUCAUUUACCCAAGGACUACUAUUAGGCCAGCUUUCGAUCGUCAUCCUCAUCGGAGCUUUCAUCAAAUUCUUCAUCUUUGGCGAUCCUCCCUCUCCAGAUGUAUCCGCUGCUCUCCGAGCUACAGAGCGCCGUUCUAGAACCCUCGCACACAAAAGAUCUCUCCUCACUCUCCGCAGCUCAACACCACGCCAUGCUUCCCAACCUCUCAAUCGCAAACGCUCUAGCGUUCUGAGGAACCCAGCGCCGUUGACUACCAAUGCUAUUCUGAGUAAAACAUACUACAAUGUGGAUAGUCAUCAACCGGAAAGUUUAGAUUGGUUCAACGUAUUGAUCGCACAGACGAUUGCACAAUUUCGCGCGGAUGCUCAGCAUGAUGAUGCGAUUCUCACUAGUCUAACGAAGGCUUUGAAUGGGGGGAGUCGCCCUGAUUUCCUGGAUGAGAUCAAAGUCACGGAAUUGAGUCUGGGAGAGGAUUUUCCGAUUUUCAGUAACUGCAGGGUUAUUCCGGUGGAUGAGGAUGGGAUGACGUUGGGGAGGGAAGGAGGGGCUGCGGGGAGAGAGCAUGGCAGGUUACAGGCUAGGAUGGAUGUAGAUUUGAGUGAUUUUAUCACGUUGGCGGUGGAAACGAAGUUGCUGCUGAAUUAUCCAAAACCGCUGGUUGCGGUGUUGCCGGUGGCGUUGGCGGUUUCGGUCGUGAGGUUUAGUGGGACUUUGUCUAUUUCGUUUGUCCCGGGAAGUCCGUUGAAUGGGAGUCCUACGACGCUGGCGUUCUGUUUCCUGGAUGAUUAUCGAUUGGAUCUUUCGAUACGUAGCUUGGUGGGAAGUCGAUCGAGAUUGCAAGAUGUGCCGAAAAUUGCGCAGUUGAUUGAGGCGAGGUUACAUACUUGGUUUGACGAGCGCUGUCAUGUGGCCGAGGAAGAAGAAUACGAGGGGGGAGAGGAUUUGGAUACGGGGUCUGAUGCGGGGGGUAUUGGGAGGGCGAGGAGUAGAGAUGUGGAGAGGGAUUUGAGGGAGGAGGCUAGGAAGGAGGUUGAGGCUGAAACGGGGGUUAGAGUGGGGAGAAGUAGGUUGGGGGUUAGUUUGGAUGUGCCGGAUGAGGGGAGUGAGAAUGGUUUGAGGUUUAGGAGGAAAAGUAGGGGGAGAGAUGAAUAUUCUAUGCCCGGGAGUAUGCCGGGUUUGAGUAUGACGUAG